AUGCCCUCCUUCGCGGGGCUGACGGCCAGCGGUUAUGGCCCCGGCACAAGUGAUGCAUCGCAGGACGUUGGGGAGAGAGGGGAAAGAGGUUACAGGCGGAGGAAGCUCGCGGCCAUGGCAGGAAACCUAUACCGCAGCGGACAGCAAGCUGUCACGGAACUGCGGGACUCGUAUGUGCAAUCGAGAGGCAGAGGUAUCGACGACUUUGCAAUGGACCAGAGCACUCACAUUCCCGGUGCAUUCCCGGAUGUUGCCAUUGCCUCGCAGGGAAACGAACAGAUGGUGUUGUUUCCGUCAUAUGCCAAGAGACACAUCAAACAAGAUUGGACACGAAUGCCGCGGAAGCAACCGGUGGAUCAGCCGGAAUUACGGAAUGAAGAGUGGUGGCGGCAAGAGUGGGAGAAGCACGAGGAUGAGAAAGCGGUUGUCGACGUUGAUGUUAGGGGCUGGAUAUACUCACCACAUGUUGGUCCCAUGACAAGGAGGAAUCGCAUUCUCAUCGGCUUGGCCCGCCAAUUGAGCGGGAUAUCGGCCCCCAAGACGGAUCAAGGAUACGGACCGGCUAGUGGCGAACCCAAGACGCAGCAUCAAAUACACGCUGAAAUCCACGACGAGGAAAAGAUUGCACAGAAGGCGGCCAUGAUUGAGAAGCGCGGACAGGAGGAAAAACGAGUCGCCUACGCAGGAGGCUACAGCGAACCGUCGCAAGAUCCCAACACACUAGGUGUUGAAGCGGCUUCUCGUUUUGGACGGCGCGGCAGCUACACGCCUGAUUCCGCACCACCAAGCCCAAGCAUGCCGGCUCGACAGCCGUCUGGUCUGGGCGAGCUCACUGAUGCGGAGCUGGCAGUGGCAAACGCCAACCUGAUGGCUCGCGUGGCUCCGUUCCUGACGAACCCUCUGGUGGCCAUGCCCAUCACUAUUUUCUUCUAUAAUGAUACCAAGUCCCAAUCCAAGACCAUCUUGACAGACGAUGCCGGCCACUUCAAUAUUCGAGCAGCUCUGGAGUUCAUCCCCACGCAUGUUAGAGUGCUCGCAAACGAGAAACUGUCGACCACGCAAGAAGUCAAAAUCACGGAACCGGCAGGCGUCAGCUUGAUCAGCGACAUUGACGAUACAAUCAAACGCUCCAACAUAUCAGCCGGCGCUCGGGAAAUUUUCCGCAACACGUUUGUGCGAGAUCUCGACGGCAUGACAAUCGAGGGGGUGCGGGAGUGGUAUACAGAUAUGCAUCGGCUGGGCGUGAGCAUGCACUAUUGCUCCAACAGCCCGUGGCAGUUGUUCCCUGUGUUGGCUAGCUUCUUCAAGAUUGCCGGCCUGCCCGCGGGAUCCCUCCACCUGAAGCAGUAUAGUGGCAUGCUGCAGGGGAUAUUUGAACCGGUGGCGGAGCGCAAAAAGUCCACCCUGAACCGCCUCGUCAAGGACUUCCCACAUCGAAAGUUCCUUCUGGUCGGCGACAGUGGCGAGGCGGACCUCGAAGUAUACACGGAACUGGCCCUGGCCAACCCUGGCCGUGUCCUGGCCAUAUUCAUCCGGGACGUGACCACACCCGAGGCAGCCGGAUACUUUGAUGCCGCGUUUGACUUUACUCAUGGUAAAAUAUCGAGCAUGACGCUGGAUUACAGUAGGUCGGGAAGCGUCAAGUCGGCAAGCCGGCAGAACUCAGCGCCAGGUGCCGUUGGUGAAACACAGGCAGCUUCGGGACCCGUCAUGGGAACGCUGAUUGACUUUUCCGAUGAGCCCGAAGAGGUGAAGCUGGAUGAAGCCGCGGCGCUUGCGCAGGUCAAGAUGGCCAACUUGGGUCGGCCAGCCGGCGCUGCUACGAGCGCGCUUGCUGGACGAAAGCCGCCGCCUCCUCCUCGACCAGCAAAGCCGGCUGCGCUGCGAAGCGCACCCUCGCAUGUCAACGCGUCGAAUGGCGGUGCCAAAGCCGACAUGCCGCCGCCUAAACCAAAGCGACCGCAGGGCCUCGGGGCGGCUGGCCUUCAGCCUCUCACGACCAUACUCAGCGCAGGCCAAGACGGUGCCCAGACCACGGAGGACUCGUCAACACCUGCGCCGCUGGAACAGGAGCCUGCCCCUCCUCCGCUGCCCAGACGUCGAUCCGGACUUAAGAGCAUCAGCCCGCGUCUCUUUGGCAGAGGGGCGUCAUCGUCCAAUACCGACGUCGACUUUGAACCAUUGCCGCCGUCGGCUGCUGCGCCCCCGCCGUCGUUUGGAUUCAGCUACUACCGCUCCGGAUCGCGGUCAGGAUCGUCAACGCCCUCUGGCUCGCCGACGCUGGGCGCCCAGGGCGCGAACAAGAAGCUCGAGCUGUGGAGGAGGAGGCUGGCCCGGGCCCACGAGCAGCUGGAUCACCAGGGCGUUGCGCUGUAUACGUGGCGCACGGGUGACGACGUGGUUGCCGAGGCGGUGGGCAUCGUGACGUCGGCGCAGGAGGACAUGAAGAGAAGGCAGGGGAGGUGA